AUGGCAGCUCGGGCGUUACAUUAUGUUUUCAAAAUACCAGACCGAAAAUUAACUGUCAAAUUUUACCGAGAAAUUCUUGGUAUGAAGGUAUUAAGACAUGAGGAAUUUUCUGAAGGUUGUGAUGCUGCUUGCAAUGGACCUUAUGACAGUCGUUGGAGUAAAACGAUGAUCGGUUAUGGCCCAGAAGAUUCUCAUUUUGUCAUCGAGUUAACUUAUAACUACGGAAUAAAUAAUUAUGAGCUAGGAAAUGACUUUCAGGGAAUUACUAUCAAGUCAAAGGACAUAAUUGACAGAGCUAGGAAACAUAAUUGGCCUGUUGAAGAAGAAAAUGGAGUUUCUGUUCUUAAAGCUCCUGGUGGUUAUAAAUAUUAUAUUAUUAAUGAACCCCAAGUUGCUAAUCAAGAUCCUGUUGUAAAAGUUACAUUGUCUAGUUCAAACCUACAACGAACUGUUUCUUACUGGAAAGAUAUUUUAAGCAUGAAAGUUUAUGAACAAAAUGACAAUAAUGUUACUUUUGGCUAUGAUGAUAAUCAAGCAAAAUUGGAAUUCAAGAAUAUUGGAACUAAAGUAGAUCAUGGAAAGGCAUAUGGUAGGAUUGCAUUUUCAGUUCCUUAUGACAGUCAACCUGGAAUACAAAAAAAAAUUCGCGAGAACGGUCAUAAAAUUUUGACAGAUUUAAUUACUCUAGACACUCCUGGAAAAGCUUCCGUGCGAGUUAUUAUUCUUGCCGACCCCGAUGAACACGAAAUUUGUUUUGUCGAUGACGAAGGAUUCAGGAAACUUUCGGUUCCUGACUAUCCAAGCGAAGCUAUUUUGGACAGAUUUAUCGCUAAAGAGUCAACAUAAAAUAAUUAUUGUUAUACUUUUUA